AUGAAGAAGUUCCAAAAUGAAGGAAAUGGAGAGGGCGAGGACAGAGAAGACGAGGACUCUCCUCUAAAAUCCGAAAUUCAACUGGAUGUGACUGAUCCAAUGCUCUGUAGAAUGUUCUCUGCGAUACUAAAAGGGUCGGCACAGAAGUGGUAUUCGUACCUUAAAGCAGGCUCGAUCGGUUCCUUCUCCGACCUUGCCUCAUCAUUCAAGGCGCGGUUUAAAACCAAUAUCCCCAUGCAUAAGAGCUCCAGUGACAUGAGGAAAUGCAAGCAAGGAGAUCAAGAGACGUUGAAGAACUUUGUUGAGAGAUUUAACAAAGAGGCGGUCCAAAUCAAAAAUCUAAACCACGAUACCGCCAUAGAAGCAAUGAAGAUAGGGACUCGAUUCGAAGAACUCCGAGACAAAAUCCUGAUAAAAAAAAGACCACCGCCUUUCAGGACUUAA